CUUCCGGGAGGAGGACGACUCCUAACCCGGAAGUGCUCGGCGGUGCGGCGCUGUUUAAAGAUGGCGGCGGAGGAGCCUCAGCAGCAGAAGCAGGAGCCGCUGGGCAGCGACUCCGAAGGUGUUAACUGUCUUGCCUACGAUGAAGCCAUCAUGGCUCAGCAGGACCGAAUCCAGCAAGAGAUUGCUGUGCAGAACCCGCUGGUCUCGGAGCGGCUGGAGCUGUCGGUCCUGUACAAAGAGUACGCAGAGGACGACAACAUCUACCAGCAGAAGAUCAAGGACCUCCACAAAAAGUACUCGCACAUCCGCAAGACCAGGCCUGAUGGGAACUGUUUCUAUCGCGCCUUCGGAUUCUCCCACUUGGAGGCGCUGUUGGACGACAGCAAGGAACUGCAGCGGUUCAAGGCCGUGUCUGCCAAGAGCAAAGAGGACCUGGUAUCCCAGGGCUUCACCGAGUUCACCAUCGAGGACUUCCACAACACGUUCAUGGACCUGAUCGAGCAGGUGGAGAAGCAGACGUCGGUGGCCGAGCUGCUGGCCUCCUUCAACGACCAGAGCACCUCGGACUACCUGGUGGUAUACCUGCGGCUGCUCACCUCGGGCCACCUGCAGCGGGAGAGCAAGUUCUUCGAGCACUUUAUCGAGGGCGGGCGGACUGUCAAGGAGUUCUGCCAGCAGGAGGUGGAGCCCAUGUGCAAGGAGAGCGACCACAUCCACAUCAUCGCGCUGGCGCAGGCCCUCAGCGUGUCCAUCCAGGUGGAGUACAUGGACCGCGGCGAGGGCGGCACCACCAACCCGCACGUCUUCCCCGAGGGCUCGGAGCCCAAGGUCUACCUGCUCUACCGGCCCGGACACUACGACAUCCUCUACAAGUAGGCCGCACGCCCGCCCGCCCCGCGCCAGCCCCGCCGCCGUCUGCCCUCCACGUGCAGAGGGCUCCCGUGGUUGUAAAUGGUCACGUCCCCGCCCCGUCACACCCUCGUUUUAUUAAAGGGGUUGCUGGUGGUGA